GAACGGGCGCCAUUUCGCUGCGGAGGAUCUCGGUGGGUGGAUUUUUUCCUCUCGGGCUGAAGUGUCAACGGGCGCUGGAAGAAUUGGAACCGCGAUAAACGCUCCGCCUUCAGCCGGAUGGAAGCGGCCGUCAACCCGCCUCACGACAGCUCCCUGGUCGGGUUGUCCGGUGGCGGGAUGGACCAACACAGCAGCUCGGGCAAACGUAUUCGCAAGCCCUCCCUACUGUACGAGGACUUUGAGAGCCCCUCUUUGCCGCACACCAUGCCCCAGGGCCCCCCAGCCCCACUGCAGCCCCCGGUCAAGGAUCCCAGCCGACAAGGCCGGAUGACCAACCAGCUGCAGUACCUCCAGAGGACCCUGAUUAAGUGUCUGUGGAGGCACCACUUUGCCUGGCCUUUCCAUGAGCCUGUGGAUGCCUACAGGCUUAACCUACCAGAUUACCAUAAAAUUAUCAAACAGCCCAUGGACAUGGGGACCAUAAAAAAGCGUCUGGAGAACAGUUUCUACCGCUGUGCAAGUGAGUGCAUACAGGACUUCAACACAAUGUUCACCAACUGCUACAUCUACAACAAGCCGACAGACGACAUUGUGCUGAUGGCCCAGUCCCUGGAGAAGAUCUUUCUCCAGAAAGUGGCCCAGAUGCCCCAGGAGGAAGUUGAGCUUCCACCUCCUGCUCCUCGAAACAAAAACAACAGGGGAAAAGGUCGCAAAUCUAGUUCAUCCAGGGCUCAGCAGGUGCCAGCAGUGUCACAGUCGGCCUACUCCCCUUCUUCCUCAGACACUGGGGAGUCCAUGCUCGCUAACUCUCCCCAGACUGUGCUGACCAAAAGCCUGCCUCCUGCCAACAUCAUGGGCCUGCCUCCUACACAGCCCACAACCAAGAAGAAAGGUGUAAAAAGAAAGGCAGACACCACCACCCCCUCCAACAUGGGCUUUACUGUGGGCAUUUCGGGUGUGGGCAUGUCUGGAGCGACCCACAUGGUAGGUUUAGGGAAAGGAGGACACGGGGGCCAAGUACACGACACCUCCAUGCACACUAUCUCCAUGGGGGGCAUGAACUUAGACACUCCACCUGGGAUGGGCCUGGUCAGGAGCCCUGGAGGUCCUGUCCUCCUCCAGCCGAUGAUGGCCAGCGGUGGACGCAGAGUCGGCAGCGGACGCCCCAUCAAACCCCCCAAGAAGGACUUGCCCGAUUCUGUCCAGCCUCAGGCGCUGAAGAAGAGCAAACUCAGUCCUCAGCUGAGGUACUGCAGUGGGCUGCUGAAAGACAUGCUGUCAAAGAAACAUGCAGCGUACGCCUGGCCUUUCUACACACCUGUGGACACUGCUGCUCUGGGACUUCAUGACUAUCAUGACAUCAUCAAGUGCCCCAUGGACCUCAGCACCAUCAAGAGGAAGAUGGACUGUCGUGAAUACAGGGACGCUCAGCAGUUCGCUAGCGAUGUCAGACUCAUGUUCUCCAACUGCUACAAGUACAACCCACCUGACCACGAUGUUGUCGGCAUGGCACGGAAGCUGCAGGAUGUUUUUGAGUUCCGUUUUGCCAAGAUGCCAGACGAACCACACAUGGAUCUUACAAACAUGUCGAUGAGUGGCAACCCAACAUCCUCUUCGUCCUCUUCUUCCUCCUCUUCCUCGUCAUCUUCCUCUACCUCUGAGAGUGAGCCCAGCAGCGAGAGUGAAGAGAGCGAGAGCAGCCCCAGCUCAGACAGUGAAGAAGAGCGAGCACAUCGCUUGGCUGAGUUACAGGAUCAGGUGUGCACACAACUCCGAGCCAUGCACGAGCAGCUGGCUGCCCUCUCUCAAGGCCCCAUUGUCAAGACCAAGAAGAAAAAAGAGAAGAAGGACAAAAAGGAGAAGAAGAAAAAGAAGAAGCUGGAGAAGAAAAGUAGAGGCACCAGGAGCAGAGCUGGCUCUGAGGAAUGGAAGAUGCCUGGCAAAAUGCUGAAGAGCAAGUCUGCCAGAGCAGGUGGCUCGCAGACAAAGAAAAGCCAGGGGAAGAAGAGUAACAAGAACAGCAAGACCAUAAAGAAGCCGUUCGAACCCCCGGUGGCCCCUUCCAUGCUGCCGCACUACGACUCGGAGGAAGAGGAUGAGAUCGUGCCCAUGUCGUACGAUGAAAAGCGCCAGCUAAGCCUCGACAUCAACAAGUUACCGGGGGAGAAGCUGGGUCGCGUGGUCCACAUCAUCCAGUCCAGGGAGCCUUCGCUGAGGGACACUAACCCAGAGGAGAUUGAGAUCGACUUUGAAACACUGAAACCAUCGACGCUGAAAGAGCUGGAGCGUUACGUCAUGACCUGUCUGAGGAAGAAGCCCCGCAAGCCUUACGGAGAACCAGCAGGGAAAGGCACCGUUGGCAAAUCUAAAGAGGAGCUGACUCUGGAGAAGAGGAGGGAGCUGGAGAAGAGGCUGCAAGAUGUCAGCGGACAACUCAACUCUGUCAAGAAACCCACGAAAGCUAAAGCGGAGAAGCCCAGUGCUGUCGAGACCAACACGCAGCCCUCGCGCCUCAGUGGCAGCAGCUCCAGCUCGGACUCCUCUUCCUCUUCCUCCUCAUCGUCGUCCUCAGACACCAGCGAUUCAGACUCUGGCUGA